UAUAACUACUAUAAUACUGCCUCCUAGCUGAGAGGUUGUGUCUGUGUAGCUCUCCUGAUGUCUGGAGAAAGCCCAGGGAGGGGCCACCCUGGGUGGGGAAGCUCCCCAAGCAAGGCCCAGGCUUCUCGGCCUAUUCUGGGAAUUAAUCCCCAGACACCACAAACCAUGGAUGAAAAUCCUAAAGUUUCUAUGGAUGUGAGAAAUGUUCAGAAUGUUGUCAGUUCUGGUGCAGUAAGAAGCACAGAUGAGAAGAAAGCUGUGGAAGUGAGGAAAGAAACUUCAUCAAGUAAGGUAAUGGCUGCAGGUACAAUCCACCCCUCCUGCAGUCAGACAGAGGAGAACAUCCCUGGAGAAGCAGACCAUGCAGGAGAAUCUGCAGCAGCCUGUCCUGAUACGUUCUGACCGCACACGAUACGGGAGCGAGAGCAGCGCAAAAGUUACAAGCACGCCAGAGGGGACCAGAGGGAGUACACCAGGAAGGCUUCAGGGGGCCACAAGUGCGGUCACUGGAAAGAACCAGGGGCCCAGUCCCCAGUCUGGAGAUUGUGACCCUGCAGCAGUGACCACAGCCGCACCGAGACAGAUCCCACCUCAGAAGCAGAGUCCUGUGAGUACCCCACCAGCGCGGCCCCCCAAUACUCAGCGGGCGCCUGAACUAUGUCUGGCCGAGCAGAUCCCAGCUCUGGUAAAGAGACUUGAGACUUUAAAAAAGACAAAGUUACAGCUGCAGAAACAAAUUGAAUGUAUAUACAAGCUAAAGGCAGCAAACCCCAAUAACCAGGCUGUACAUGACAAGAAGCUGAGCUCCCUCGCUGUGCAGCUCGCUGACACUGUGCAGGACAUGGAGGACGUAUUGGACCAGAUGGGACCAGUCGCUGAGACCUUCAGAAACCAGCAGCGAUUUGAGGGAUAUAAGGAAAGACCAGCAACAAAGUCAUCUCCAUCUACUGCUGCACCCAAGUCUUCAGCCUCACCAGGGGACACCCAGCAGUCCUGUACAAGACAAGAGGACAUCCAGCAGUCCUGUGCAAGACCACUCCUCAGACCAGCCAGCUUCCCUUUUGAAAAAGGGGAUUUGUACAGACAAGCAGAAGCAAGCGUCCAGCAACAUUAGAGACCUGCAGAGACUCCUCCAGAGGUACCACAAGUCCCAGCAGUCAGCACGGUGAAGCAAGACUAUGGACACAUACCUGAAGAAUUGACGGUGGCAGAGGUCAAAGAGGCCAUUGAUAAGUUACAUCUGAAGAAGGCACCAGGUCCAGAUGGGAUAACAGCAGAAUUCUAUAAGACAUUCAGAGACCUCUUGGCCCCAAUCCUCGUGGAUGUUUACACAAAUUGUCUAGAAAGUCACCUGAUGCCUCCAUCCAUGAGAGUGUCCUCGCUGAUUCUGCUGUCUAAAGGUAAAGAGCCGAGUGACAUCAAGAACUGGAGGCCAAUUGCCCUCUUGAAUGUCGACAGGAAGAUUCUGGCAAAAAUCCUGUUUUCUAGGUUAGUUUGUCUGUCCCCGGCACUGUUGGCAGGCUGUCAGUAUGGCACAGUAAAAGGGCGGAACAUCUCUGGGGCAGUGAUCUCCAUAAGGGAGAUGUUUAAGAGA